GGACCGCCCCCGAGAGCUGACCACAGGCUGGAUCUCAGCUCUGGGACUGUGAGGCGCCCCUCCGAGAUCCCUGGUCAUUGCUGGAGCACAAACAACUGGCGGGAAAACUAUGGGCCCCUCCUGGCUUCAGUGGCUGCUGAAGCAUCUACUCUGCCUGCCUGGCCUGGCCAUCGCUACCGUUCUACUGCUCUUGGCUCUGGGGUUGAGAGGGAGGCGGAGAAGGAGACCUGGGGAGCCUCCAUUGAUAAAUGGCUUGAUUCCUUUUUUCGGAGUGUCCUUUCAAAUGCAAAAAAAUCCUUUCAAAAGCAUCCAAGAUUAUCAGAAAAAAUAUGGAAAUAUAUUUACCUUGCAACUUGCUGGAAACUACUUUACCUUUGUACUGGAUCCAUUUCAAUACCCAUUGGUGUUAAAAAACCACAAACAAUUUAAUUUUUCCAAGUUAGGAAAUGAAGUAGGAAAUAAAGUUUUCUCAGUCCCAACUGAACCAUCAUAUGUGUUGAAAACAAUGAAAGAAUCCUUUAAACUUCUACAAGGCAAAUUUUUAGACUUGUUUUGUAAUAAUCUAAUGCAGAAUCUGAAGCAUAUCAUGAAAGAGCAACUUUUACAAGCCAAAAAUGGAGAAACAAAUCAAUUAUACAAGUUUUGUACAUCAGUAGUAUUUGAAGCCACAUAUUUAACCCUUUAUGGGAAGGAUCCUAGCACAAAUAUGGGUGAAUUACUAGAAGACUUUGUCAAAUUUGAUGAUGAAUUCUUGAGCUUUUUGUCACCUUUACCUACUUUGUCACUAAGAGCUAUCAAGAAUAUUCGGAAAAAGUUGAUUGAAAAUUUUUCAUCAGAGUCCAUCUCCAAAAUGCAAGAACCAUCAGAAGUUAUUAGAGCUAGAAGAAAUAUUCUUGAGAAAUUUACAGAGGUUCAAGAUCAUGAAAAAGGAGCACAUCAUUUUGCCUUUCUGUGGGCCUCUGUGGCAAACACGAUUCCAGCUACAUUCUGGACAGUGUAUUAUCUUCUGCAGCACCCAGAAGCUGUUGCAGUGUUGCGUGAUGAAAUUGACCAUUUGCUACAGUCAACAGGUCAAAAGAAAGAACUUGAUUUUAACAUCCUGUUCACCAGAGAACAAUUGGACAGCUUGGUCUACCUAGAAAGUAUGAUUAAUGAGAGCUUGCGAUUGGCCUCAAUUUCUAGUAUUAUACGUUUUAAUGAAGAGGAUGUCACCCUAAAUUUAGGAAAUGGAGACGUCAAUCUACGAAAAGGAGAUACCACUAUCAUUUACCCACCAUUCCUGCACUAUGACCCAGAAAUCUUUGAGCAGCCUGAGAAGUUUAAGUUUGAUCGUUUUGUGGAAGAUGGCAAGAAGAAAACGACCUUUUUCAAAAGGGGACAAGAGUUGCCAUAUUUCCUAUUACCAUUUGGAUCCGGAGUCAGCAAAUGUCCUGGCCGAUUCUUAGCAGUGCUUGAGAUAAAGCAGUUACUGAUUCUCUUGUUUAUGUAUUUUGAUGUAGAAUUAAUUGAACACAAACCUCUACAAUUCAAAAAUAACCGAAUUCUUCUUGGUAUUCAGUGUCCUCAAUCAGAUGUUUCCUUUAGGUAUAAGCUAAAAUGUUAAAUAAAAAAAGAGGAGGAGGAAAAAGAUGUUUGCCCCAAAAUACCAAUAUCUUUCCCCUCUGCCCCUGCCCUCCCUUUUGGUUUUUAUUUCUGGAAAUGAAAUUGUGGUUUUUUUUCCUUCUUGUUUUAUUUUUUUAAACAUGCUUCCAUGCUUAAGACCCAAAACCGAAAAUGUGGCUUCUGAAUCCAAGUUCAUACUAAAUACCAUAAAACUCCAUACAUUCAAGCCUCAUCGUUUAAGGAUAAUGGAGGCAGUGUCUGACUUAAUUAAUGAGCAUUGGGCUUGGAGUCAAGAAUACUUGGAUUCAAUUUCUUUCUCAGACAUUUAUUAGUUGUGUGAUCCUGGGCAAGUCACUUCAACAAUUUCAUGAACAAAAUCAGUGCAACCAAAUUAAGAAGAGAUGUUUUUGGCUGAGAAAAAAUUGCACUAAAUAUCCCUGAUAAGCAUCUGAUAUCGAGAUAUAUAUUGAAUUACCACAAAUAAGUAAGACCAAGUGGUCUUAUUCCCCAGUGGGUCAUUUCUUAAAGAAUAUGAACAAACAGUUCAAAAAGGACUUGCAAACUAUUAACCAUAUAAAAGAUUGCACUGAAACACUAAUAAUGAAAGAAAUAAAAAUCAAAAUGUUUCCAAGGUUUUACCUCACACCCCCAAAAUUAGCAAAAAGGGCAAAAGAUAGAAAUACUCAAAGUUGGAGGGACUAUGGAAAGAUAAGAACACUAAUAUGUUGUUGGAGAAGCUGUGAAUAAUCCAUUCAGUAAUGACUAAGAGGUCAUUACCUUUUGUCCCAGAGGUCCCACUAUUAGACAUACACUCACUGGUGUCAAAGCCAGGUAAGAGCCUAUAUACAACAGAAAACGCAUAGCAGCACUCUUUGCAGUUUAAAGACUUGGAAGCAAAGACAUCUCAAUUUAGAUGGACAUAAAUUGGGGAAUGACUAAACAAAUUGUAAAUAAAUGUAAUGAUUUAUUGUUGCACCAUAAGGAAUUAUGACUAUGAAGAAUUCAGAGAAGCUUGGAGGAAAAUGAAAUAAAUGGAACUGUGACAAUAAUAUAUACAAUAACUACAAUGUACGUAGGGGGAAAAAAGCCUGAAUGCUCUGUAAUUAUAAUGACUAAGCUUGAGUCUGCAGAAGAGAUGAGAAAUUGUAUUGCCCUCCCUUCUUUACUGAAGUGAAGGGCUAUGGAAGUGAAAAAUUACAUAUGCUGUUGAAACGCAGCUGAUAUGUUGAUUUAUUUUGCUGAACUGCUUUUUUUCUCUUUCUUUUUUAUUCUUUGUUGCAAGGGAUAACUAGAUAGGGGAGGAACAGCUACAUUUACAAAAUAUUAAGAAUAAUUUUAAAGAAAAUUGUAUAUUUCUGUAUAUCAAGGAAUUAAUAAGAUAAUAUUACUAUAAACCAUAUGAUAGUCUUAUCCUUCUGUUAAAGGCAGAUCAACAAGACCUAUAACUGGGAAUGUUUUGUUAAUCUUUGGCUCCUCUUAUUACUAAAUGAACUUGGAUAUAAUAAAAUUGAAUUGCUUUUAAAUUA